AUGACCAGCAAUAAAGGAUACGAUUGGGAAAUGUUUGAAUCAAACCUGGACCGCGCAGAGGAGAUCUUCACCAUUCAUCACUUGGCUGAUCACGUCGAGACACUGGCCAGAAUCGUCAAGGGUGUCUACCCUCUUGUGGCAACUGUUGCCCUUAGAGACACCGAGGGCAUGAUGUAUGGGGCUUCUGUCACUGACAACCUCCCCAUCUGGGAGGGAUUUGCAAAAUCCGUUGAUGUCUAUGCCCCAAGAAUGCUCAAUGGUAACUACAACAGCAUCUGCAAGAAUCGGGGUGUCAAGGCUAGUCAGCCUCUUCUUGUUGUAGCUCAUCCUCAGGACUGGAACAACAUGCGCGACGACGACGACGACGACGACGACGACAACAUUACUCGACGCACAACUUGCCUCUCACCCACCGCUUCGAGAGCCAGUGCGCGCUCAAGGCCGUCCGGGGGCAUCAUCGACGAGCGGUCCGGCAUUCCAGUCAGCCCAGAGCUGGACGCGCGGUCCGACGGGGACUAG